UACAAAAAAUGACUUCGCAAUUGUGAAGUUCUAGCUAGGGUUUAUGCAAUUAUGCUCAUGAACUGCUCACUGAGUCACUGCUCACCUAUGACUCUAUGAGUCGUUUAAAGCGUUCUCGUUUUCGGCAAUAUCAAUGUUGCCCUAUCUGCUGCCUCUCUUCACCGUCCGAUCAAAACUAAAAAUUCCAUAAAAUCAGAAAAUAAAUGCUUUGAUUGUUUCUGUUCUUGAAUUUUACAGCAAAGCAGUGUUACUUGAAUUGAAGUGGCAGUGUGAGAGAGAUGGUUGAGGGUGGGCCGGUGGCUAUGGCUACCAGGGAGAGGCAGGGCGGCGCGUCGAUGAUGGAGCAGCUGGUGCCGGAAAUCAUGACUCACGCGCUCAGCUACUUGGACUAUCCCAGUCUUUGCCGGUUAUCGAUGACCAAUUCGCUGAUGCGGAAAGCUGCAAAUGACGAUAAUGCGUGGAAGGCUUUAUACCAUAAGGAUUUCACAUUUGAGCAGGAUAAUGUGACUCCUGUUAAGGGAUGGAAAGCUUACUAUGCGGCUACCAGAGCCAUUCUGAAAAUUAAUGCCGAGUUUUUUAAGAUCAUUGAGGAAAAGUCGGUCCUUGCAAUGAGCCAGCUUUGGCUCAAGGUAGAUUAUGUGAAGUGCCUUCAUGGAAGUGGAGAGUUCUUUACAGGAUAUGAUGCAGUUGUGGAAAGCUGGCAGCCCAUUUUGAACUGGGAGCAAAGUGCAGAUUUCCAGAUUCGAGACGUGAGGGCAAGGGUACUUACCGAUGUUGCUUGGGUUACUAUGAAAGCUUAUCUUCAAGUGGGAUUGAGAGCAUUUCGCAUCACUAACGUUUUUGAAUUCCAUAAUGGAAGGUGGUACAUAGUGCAUCAUCACUGUUCUCUGAUGCUCGCUCAUGGAGGUCAAGUGCAACAACUUAUCCAAGGAUAACUUACACAAAGCAGCAGUUAGGAAAUAGGAUGACAAGACUCAUAAAACUAGAAUGUCUUAAAGAUGUUAGUUGUGUUCUUGUUCAAUUGUAAUCUUGUAAAUACUAUGGUUUUAUUCACCAAAAAUGUCUUGUCAAAGACAUUAAUUGUUAUGAAAUUGCUUGUUAAUGAGGCUAGGAAAGUGGAUUAUUCUCUGUAAUACACUACAGGUUUUCCUUGAGGUUUUCUGAAA